AUGGAGGAGGAGCGUAGGAACCAGUAUUGUGAAAUGCACCUGGCAUAUAACAGUUGGCGAGUGGGCGAUUUGCACAAAGAUGCAAGCAACCCGCGUGCCUUUGCAUGGAAGGCUGCUGCAAAUCAAUCAGGUGGCUACUUCAUCUACGGAAGCAGCUAUGCCACGGGGCGCAGGUGCAACCUCCAGCAGGCGAUGCUCGAUUCAUCCAGCACCAGGGAAGCAGAAGCCAAGAUCAGUGACAUAUCGGAUGACAUUGGGCAGUUGCGGCACCACCUACUGCAUGCCAAGGAGGCCAUCCGGCUCGAGAACAGCUGGCAUAGACCCGAGCUGCCGGAGGUUGUCACGCUGUCCCUGCCUCUGACCGUGACUGUAGCAUCUCCAAACGAUCAUGCGCACGAGCUAUCAAAGUUCGUGGGCUCGAUGUUCGAGAGUGGUCACGGAAGUCAAGGUGAACUGUCGGCUCCGUCCGAACACAUCUUGUCUGCCGGCUCUCAAGCGUUCUGGUACAAGGCAGCGAUUGCGAAGAGCGUCGAGGACUUUGGAUCGGUGGACGUCAAGUUGGUGAAUGUGGACGAUCGCUAUCUGGCACGACCCAAAUUUACCCCUCUUGAGGAGAGAGAGAGCGCCCGCAUGCCGAAGUUUGUGGCCAUCAUGUCCGGCAUCUUGAUCAUGCUCUCGGUCGGGCACAUGUCGUUCUCAGCAAACCGCGACAACAGAGACAUUGGAGUGAUGGUGAUCAUUGCGAUGCUCGUCGCCUUCCCUGUCCUUCUCAUGGCAGGGUUGCUUUUUCUUCCCUACGACGUCUUUGGCUCGUUAGACUGGGAACUGGCAUUGGCUGGAACAAGGUUCGUCGAGUGCUUCACACAGCAGGUCCCCGCCAUCUGGAACAAUCUCAAUUGGUUUGGGCGCUUUCUGCAGUUGCUUGCAAUUGCUUUUUGCUGGUUUUUCGGCCUUUCCCUAUUGGUUGGUCUCCCAGUGGUAUUCGGCGUUGGGAUGAUUUGGAAGUGCUGUGACUGGGCGUUGGUUACGCUCUGGCCUUGGCAGCUCGCCCUACUGAUUGCGUUUGGUGCGACUUGGUUUUUCCCGCUUGCUGGAACAGCGUUCAGUAUCGUUAUCAGUGUUGACAGUUCUGGCAUGAGCCUCUUCAUCCCCAUGGGUUGGCUGGGCCUGUACAAGUUGCUGACUAUGUUUGUCCCCUUCGGUGCGCUGAACGCUUGGCCCGGGCCCGCGUCCUUCCUCGUGUUCAAACUUGGCUGGGUUGGAGUACCGAUGCUUGCUAGCACCAUCAUCGCUCCAUGGCUGAUUUUGCCAAUGGGGGCUUACUUCAACAACCGCGCCAAUUGCAUCGACGGCUUCGACUGGGAAGUCCACCUGACCUUCAUCUACGUGGUGUGCAUCAAAUCUCUGUAUUGGCUUAUGUUCACCGGCGACCAAAAACUAUUCACGCGCCUGUCCACGCUGGUGUUCUACAUCAUGGCCGAGAUGGACAUGUACACCGAUGCCAUGUUUGUUGCCAUCGCCACUUCCUGCGGAUCAUGGUAUGGCAGCGUGUCGUUCACCGUGUUCGUGGUCGGAGUCCUCGUGGCACAGCUUUGCAUACCUAGCUUCUAUCUCAACAUGAGCGAGAACAGUGCAAUAGCGGCAGUUUGGCAGAUCAUGCAGUUUCCGAUGGAGUCGCUACCCGAAGACGACGGUUACAAGCCGCUUGCGCCGGCCCGCACCUCCAAGGUGUCCCCAGACCUGAAAAGGAGGCAGGCUGCGAUGCUUGCGAUAAUUCGGUGCGUUUUUGAAGACUUGCCCCAGUGCUUCAUUCAGUACCUCUUUACUAUUCAUGUCAAAAAGAACCCGCUCAUCGUUUUCAGCAUCGCGACCAGCGCUGCCAGCUCGCUGUUUGCAGUUGGCAAAGCUGUUGGUUGGGGGUGCUUGGAGUGGCAUGUCGUGGCUUUUGCCGACGUCUUCUCAAAGCACCCAGAAUCUCCGGCUUGGUGGAUAUAG